AGUCCAAUACAACAGCUCUGACUCGACUUUAGUUGUUAAAUCGUACCAGGGGGUCGGAAUCGACGGGGGCUGUUUCCCCGCACGGGUGAUUUGAAUAAGUUGAGGCCCAACCCUUUUAAUAAAAGGUGCCUGAGCACACUCCAACAUACUCCAGACAUUGCACUAAUGCCAUCUAUAUCUUGCCACUGUGGCUUCGCAAGGCAGACUGUACGUCUUCGUGGCCAGUCUCCCAAUGCUCCUCAGGAGAUUAGUAUCUGCCACUGCAAUGCAUGUCGACACAACACUGGUUCUCUGUGCGUCUCCUACGUCGAGAUUAAGAAGCCGGACUUGAUCGAGGGCCUCGUGAAGUACCAUUCUGAGACCACGAUAUUCACUCGAUUUUUCUGCGGGACCUGCGGCUGUCAUAUCUUCCGCAGGCUUGGAAGCCCCUUCGACAAUGACGGGGACAGGGCACUUCCUGGAAAUGACAAGUUGUGGGCUGUCGCUACCGGUGUGAUCAUUGGUCUUGAGGAUAACAGCAGAGAGUCGCGCCAGGGAAUCGAUGAGAGGUUGAUAAGAUACGUGGGGCAUAUAAACACUGCUAGUACGAAGGACGGCGGCUUGAGUCCGUUUAUACAAUGUGUUGGGAGUUCGCAGGAGGUGGAAGUGGCUGAAAUCAAACCUGCAUCGCCGAGACACCGCCAUACACAUACUAUAGAGCAACUUGAAGGGUCAGCUGAUCAUGUGACAGUAAAUGCACCCUUGGGAGACAAGAAUCAAGGGAGCGAAGGAGAAGCGACCAUGAACGCCUUCUGUCACUGCAAGUCAGUACGAUUUCAUAUCACACGCCCUAAUGAUAAGAGUAAACUUCCGCGGUCCAACUUCCCAGACCUCAUGGUGCCCUAUCAUACUGGCUCACCCGAGAUUCGAAACCCCAAAGACAUAAAGUGGUGGCUACGCCCCGACAUUAGUCUCAAUUCUGCGGAGCUCGAAAGUCAGUCAGCACGAAAUGGUAAAUUGAGGCGAUAUCUUGCUGGUACAUGUGCGUGUCGUUCCUGCCGGCUUACCUUGGGCUUCGAAAUACAAUCGUGGGCAUUUAUCCCGAGGGCCAACAUCUUUUUCCACAUUCGCAAGGAACAAGCGAACUUACCGGGCCCUCAAUCCGGCACUAGCAAAGAUGCCUAUGGCAUAGUUCCGCUAGACUUCGAUUCCCUACCAGCAGGUAUUCUGAGAAGCUACGUAAGCAGUCCAGGCGUGCGACGCGACUUCUGCUCCAGAUGUGGCGCGACUGUCUUCUGGAGAGAUCGAUGGCGACCAGAGCUCCUAGAUGUCAGCGCUGGGCUGUUGGAUGCCGAAGAAGGCACCAGGGCUGAAACUUGGCUAGACUGGUGGACUGCGAGAGUCAGCUUCUCUGAAGAUGCUGGAAACGGUCGGACGGGAGAGAUGGCUGAUCACGCCAGUUGCUUGAUCAAUGGAUUGGAAACUGGCCUGCGAGGAUGGGGAUUAUGGGAGGAACGCGCGGAGGAAACUGCAUGAGGUGUUGUGUUGGUACUAGAAACUGUGGUUGAAGGCACCUGUCGUGAAUAAGUUCAUAUUUCGACUUGCAUAUUGCAAUUCUACUCAUAAAAAAUCUUCACUGUAAUAGGGGCCACAAUCUUCCCUCCCUCCUUUAGAUAUUCUUUCCAGUAGUCUACCUGUAUAUCCCAAGCCGGCCGUCUUUCAUUUCGGUCUCCUUUUCUCCUCAAUGCCCUCACAUUUCUCACACUGUACCGUCAACAGACAUUUCUAUUCCAUCAGCACAAGACAUGGGAAAGCCACCGUUUUUCAAAGAAAAUACUAUGGCUUCAACCCAUCAAGAUGCUCAAACCAAAUUACUUUGGGUUUGGUCCCCUGAAUCGGAUGUACAGUAAGUGCCCAACGAUAUACCGUCACCUCCGCCAGAUUUAAUAGUUUCUCGUUAUGACAGUGCGGUUGCAGACAUAAAUUUGUUUACCGAGUACACUGAAUAUGCCUCCGAAGGCAUCAGUACCUGGGUGUUCAAAGAAUCACGCAACGUCCGCGUCGUGGGUAUUGGCACAAUCGAGGCAUCGUUCGUCAAGGGAGACAACGCAUUUUUCACUGUCAUGUUGACGGAUGUCUUACAUGUACCCGAUCUUGGAUUCAACAGUAUAGGGAACACGGAAGAUAUCGGCGCAGGUGCUAAUGCGGAGAAAGAGACCGGUUAUAUUCUCGAUUGCCAACGCAAUAUCAUUGCCUGUUUACGGCCUCUCGGGAAC